GCCUACCUCACUUUCUCAGUCUUCCCCUCCACGGAAGAACUCCUCCAACCGGACUUUCCUCUCCAGUUUGCCAAGCAGAGGAGGAAGUAAACCCGAGGUAGUUUAACUUUUCCCACCGCUGAAAAACACGCACAGGCGAACAGCUUGAAUCGCCAACUCUUCCAACUUCCAAACUUUCUUUGGUUGUUUUUAUUUUUCCUCCCUUUUUCGGUUUUGUGGAUCCAUCAAGAUGUCUAUGCAUAGCACCCAGAAGACGACGACCUACCGGACCGUGAAGGUGGCGGCCUCCUCCCCGGAGCCGGUGGUGAGCAACACGGUGAUCUCGUCCAGCCCGGUGUCCCCGGUUCCGUACGGGAUGAACGGCUCCUAUGAGACGGUGCGGUACCUGAUGCCCAUGCAGCAGGGCAUGCAGCAGCAGCAGAGCUACAUCCCGGUGCAGCAGCAGCAGCAGUCCUACAUCCCGGUGCAGCAGCAGCAGCAGCAGUCCUACAUCCCGGUGCAGCAGGGCAUGGUGCAGCAGGGCAUGGUGCAGCAGGGCAUACAGCAGCAGUACAUCAUCAUGCAGCAGCCCAUGAUUCAGCAGCAGCAGCCCAUGAUGCAGCAGAUGGUUUCCCCGGUGUACAUGCAGGGAAUGUCCAACCUGAGCGUCAGCAGCCAGGACACCACCGACCACAUGUACCUGCAGAACAGCAGGCAUGAGAGCAUCAGUGGGAUGUCUUCAUCAGUGUUCAGUGUUGAGGAAGAGGAGGAGGAGGAGGUGGUGGUAGCUGAGGAAGAGGAAGAGGAAGAAGAAGAAGAAGAAGAAGAAGAGGAGAGAGUGGAGAUAGACGAGGUGGAAAUCAUCAACGUGGUGCAUUCGGCGCCGCCGGUGAUAAAGACCCGCAGGACGGAGGUGAGGACGGAGGUGAGGGAAAUGCCCACGGAGACAAAGAUGGACACGCGUUACUUCGGAGAGCUGCUGGCCGAGGUCUACAGGAAGAACUGCGACAUCCACUCCUGCAUCUCCGAGCACGUGUCCAAGAUCCGCGGACAGAAACACCACCUGGAUCCCAGCAAUGACUACAAGGUGGAAAAAGAGGAGGUGGAGGCUCUGCUUCCCAAAGGAGCUUCUGAACUGACCAGACAACAAAUCCGCUACCUGCUGCAGACUCGUCUCACUGCAGAUAAGAGCAUGCGUCUGCUGCUCUCCACCUUCAGCAGUCUGAGAGAGGAGCUGCUCCACAUGACGGAGGACAUGAUGCGUCUGGAGAGUGAGAAGGAGGGUCUGGAGAGAGAUCUGAGCUUCAAAUCGGACCAGGCUCUUCAGUAUGACUCGCUGCUGGAGGCCGUCAGAGACAACAACAGACAGCUACAGCUGUCUCUGAAGGAGACCAGCUCCACACAGCGCUCCCUGGAGAGUCAGCUCAUGAGCACCAAGAGCAGCGACUCCAGCCGCGACUUCAGACUGAAAGAGGUGGAGGGCAGGAUGAGGGCGAUGGAGAAGGAGAACGAGAUGCUCCGACAGAAGCUGGCGGGGCAGGCGAGCAGCUCCACCCUGCACGUGAAGACGGAGGAGUUAUCCCGUCAGUACAAAGACCAGCUGAGCGCCAUGAGAGACGAGAAGGACCAGGAGAUCCAGAGGCUGCGGAGCCAGGUGACGAGGAUCCAGACGGAGAUCACCACCACCAGCGAGAGGUCGUCCUCCGACAAGAGUCUCCAGCUGAAGAUCUCCGAGCUGCUGGCCAUGCUGGAGCUGCGGCAGACCACCAUCAGCAAACAGGAGGAGGAGAUCAGGAGGAUGAGGAUGGAGAUGACCAGCAUGACCAGCAGCUCCAGCAACACCAGCAACUCCAGCAGCUCCAGGAACCUGGUCACCAAAACCACCACCACCCAGAGGUUUAGUAACAAGUACCCUAUGCUGGGUCUGCUGGACGACCAGUACCAAAGCUCAUCCGUCAAAACUAACAAGACCAUCGUCCUCGAGAGAACUACUUGAGAUGUGAUCGAACAGGAAUGAUUGAGCAACAAGAAGAUCCAGACGACCCCCCCCCCCCCCCCCUCC